UAAAAUAAUUUUAGUUUUUCAUGUAUAAAUACAAAUUAAUUUACUGUCGAAAUAUGGUUAUUUAAUACAAUUUAUAGUCUACGACAUAUAUUUUAAUGAUGCUUUACAUUUAAUAUUGUAAUAAUCUGUAUUUAUUUCAGUAUUUUUAAUGAGAACCAGAAAAACUUACUAUAAUAUUAGCAAUUAAAAUCAUAAAGUAAACCUAAUUAUGAUAAUAAAAAUCAUUAGAAUUUGUUAAUAUCUAUUUUUAGAAUAUAAUUUUUAAUUAAUAAUCCCAAAUAUCAUGAUUAUAAUUAAGAAUAAGAACACAUGACUAUAAUAUUAACCAUUAAAGUCAUAAACUAAAUAUAAGAUUAACUUAAUUAUGAUAUUAUCAGUACAAUAUGUUAAUAUCUAUUAAUUUAUAUAUUUAAUUAAAAACCUUAAAUAUCUUGAUAAAUAGAUAUACUUAAAUGAUAUUUUGAAAUGAAAUAAUAUGUAAUGCUCAUUCAAUCAAUUCCACAUAAAAGUCAACAAAAUUCAAAGAAGAUUAUUUCAUUACAAUUUUGAUUAUGAAUAAAUGGAAUGAAAUUUAUUCAAUUUUUCUUCAUAUUAUAUUCUUCUAACUUCAUUCCUUUUUAUUCUAAUGGAUUCUCGUUCUAUAAAUUGAAGGCCUCCAAGUUCUCAUUAGACACAACUCAAAACACAUGUUAUCUUCCUUGAGUUAUCUCUGAUCAUAUUAUAAUUAUCUCCUUAAGAGAGUUAUGGCAAUUUCAAAAGCUUUUAUUGCUUCUCUUCUCAUAUCUCUUCUUGUUCUCCAACUCGUCGAGGCAGACGUGGAAGUCUCAGACAGAAAGAAUGGGCCUUACGGCCCUAUGAUUGAUUGUGGAACUGCGUGUAUAGCACGGUGCAGGCUCUCAAGUAGACCGAACCUUUGCCACAGAGCGUGCGGGACUUGCUGCACCACGUGCAACUGUGUGCCACCAGGCACGCACGGAAACUACGACAAGUGCAAGUGCUACGCCGGCCUCACCACCCACGGUGGUCGCCACAAGUGCCCUUAAGACUAUUUCGUUUUGUUUGUCAGUAAUUGUCGGCAUUACAUCAUAUUAUGUGUGGUUCUAAUAUAUAUAUAUAUAUAAAACAAUUUUAACUCUAA